CCUACACAUUGUUACAACAUUUGUGAGGCGCACAGUGAUGUGGUAGAGCUUGAUUUGGCCUCUGUUAGCUGCGCCAUAUUGCAUCAAGUUUAAAUCGGCCUUAGUUACAUGCGUAUGUUAACUCCGUAUUAACGUUAGCGGACUUUUCUUAGCGGAUUUACAAUCAUCGCGAAUCGAAUUAGUGGCGUUUCAGGCCCGACGUGAACAUAAUUGUACACUCGCAAACUCCAUUAGAAACGAGGGCUAAGGGGCUUAAGUUGCAAACUUGCCUUGCUUGACUAAUCAUUUGGACUGACGACAAAUAUGGUUGCGGCGAUUCCCCCAAGGGCAUAUGACGAGGGUGGUGUGUUUUGGACUGCAACCUAUUCCCCAAGAAUUUAUGUCAGGAACUAAGAGGGGCAGCUAAAAUGGGUCCUUCGUUCUUACGUCCUCAGAUGCGCUGACACAAAAAAACGUGUGUUAUGUGAACGAUGAAGUAGUUGUGAAACAGCUAGCUAGCUAUACAAUACCAAAUUAUUCUCCUUUUGUAAUUGAUAAAGUAGUAUAACAUCAGUCGGGACCGCAGGGACACCUUGAAGGGCACUACACGUCAGUAGACACCACACCGAAGAAAUGUCCUCAGUCAAGGAGGAAGGUAAGGACCGUGUCAUCUUUGUGACUAAGGAGGAACAUGAAGCACCGAGCAACGCUGAGCUGGUGGAGGAGGAUCCUGAUGACCCCUAUGAAGAACGAGGUCUGAUCCUGCCCAAUGGGGAGAUCAACUGGAACUGCCCCUGUCUGGGAGGGAUGGCCAGCGGCCCCUGUGGAGCAUCGUUUAAGGAGGCCUUCUCCUGUUUCCACUACAGCAAGGAGGAGGUGAAGGGCUCAGAGUGCCUGGACCAAUUCAGGGGCAUGCAGGAUUGUAUGCAGAGAUACCCAGAACUCUACCCCCAGGAGGAUGACAAGGAGACCCAGGGAGGGCCAUCUGAAACGGAUCCUUCCAAACAAGACUCUGCCCCUGAACUAACCCCUACACCUGCAGCCCCUGUCCAAGACUCUAGCCCUUCCACCGCCCUUGCUGACACCCCACCACCCUCAAACAGCUCAGCCUCAGGCUGAGCAUGACUCACGACAAGUCCUUUCUAUGGAUGUGUUAAGGUGAUCCUUUUUGUAUCAAUUAUUUAAACUGAUAAAUGAAAGUGUUGACUAUUUCCCCCCCACUCUAACCCAGAUUGGGUUUUUCCUGAUAUAAUAUAAGAGAGGGUAAGGAAAAAUAUGUGGUAACUUCACUCUAGGUGUGUGUAUAUUUCUUUCUUUGUGCUCCUUCGGGAAAAAAACAAGACCAUGUGCUGUGCUAUCCUUUGCCAUUACUAGUGUUCUGUUUUUGUUUUGAUUGUUCUCUUUACUAUAAAGUCCAAUUAGUAAUUGCUUUUUGUAUUUAAAAAAUGUCAUUUCUACUUUAUUUUUCCAUUUGUCUUUUAUAUUUAAUUCACACCUGUUUUUUUAUUUUCUCAGAUUCUGUGGGUGCCUUGCAAAAGUAUUCAGACCCCUUGGACUUCACAUUUUGUUGUGUUGCAAAGAGAUGAAAAUAGAUUUAAUUGUUUUUUUUUGUCAACAAAUCUAUAAAAAAAAGACUCUGAAUGAAAAAAGUUGAAUAGAAAUUAAAAAACAAAAAUAUAGUCGUUGCAUAAGUAUUCAGCUCCAUGAGUCAAUACAUGUUAGAAACAUCUUUGGCAGUGAUAACAGCUGUGAGUCUUCUUGGGUAAGUCUAUAAGAGCUUUUACACACCUGGAUUGUGGAAUAUUUGCCCAUUUAUUAUUUUAAAAAUUCUUCAAGCUCUGUCAAGAUGUUGGGGACCAUGGCUAGACUCUCAAGCAGAAAAAAAAGUAUUGCCAUAGAUUUUCAAGCAGAUUUAAGCCAAAACUAACUUGGCCACUCAGGAACAUUCACUGUCCUCUUGGUAGAUUUGGCCUUGUGUUGUAGGUUAUUUUCCUGCUGAAAUGUGAAGUCCUCUGCUAGUCUCUGGUGUAAAGCAGACUGAAGCAGGUUUUCCUCUAGUUUGUUGCCUGUGCUUAGCUCCACCCCUUCAUUUUUAUCCAGAAAAACUCUUAUUUGCCGAUGUCAAGCAUACCCAUUCCAUGAUGUAGCCACCACAAUGCUUGAAAAUAAGGAUGCAGUUACUCAUUAUUGUGUUAUGUUGGGGUCAAAUCCAACACAAGGCUUUGCAUUUUGGCCAUGAAGUUUAUUCCUUUGCUGUUUUUUUGUUGCAAUAUUAAUUUUGUGCCUUGUUGCAUACACGAUGCAAGUUUUG